GUCGGAGACCUCCAAUCGCGUACUAACUUUUGUGUUGCGACAAAAAAACAUUUAUGACCCACGGCGUCUCCAACUUAUCUCCGGCGAAUAUUCUGGCUUCAAUCAGUGAUACAUGUCUGACUUCUCUGACUGUCGCAGGAUGACAGUGGUGCUGUCAAACGGGCCCACAAGUGUACGCUGUAAUGGUAACAGAAUCGUUCCAGACCCGUGUGAGUGCGGGCCCCCUUUGCCACAUUUCGCCUCUAUCGGCCGGCGGUAAUGCCUCAGAUCAUAGCGAUCGAAAGAUGGAUCACUAUUUGACGCUGCCUCCCGUCCUGUGUACCUGUCAACGCCAAGAUCUUAAGCUCUUACGUUUUUUACUACUGAUAUUGAACAGGGACAACUUCUAGACGAUGUUAUUGUUUCCAAUACAAAAUACAACAUCCUUACGGAAAUGAUUAGAACCGCAUGAUGCCCGCGUUUUUUAUAUCCCCACCCAUUGGCACCCAAUCAAACGACCUGAUGGUAUUUCCCACAAGUGGCCUUCUCAAUGUAGUCAUCUGUUACAGGAAAGUUCUUCGGAUGUUGCCAAACAAGCGACUUUUAUGUUGCCUUCAUAAAUCAAGAUAGCCGUGCCCCUUGUUCCAACACCCAUUCUCUCUUUUUCCCUCUCUUCUCUGUGUUCCUAGUCUGUCUUUAUUCUGUACGAUCCUCUACUAUGGCUCUCCUUUCUCGCCUUCUCUUGGUUGCCCUCGCCAUUCCUUUUGUCUUGGCUCAUAACGGAGGUGACUCCAGCUCUAAGUCUGACAAGGACUGCAGCUCCGGCGAGUUUUACUUCAAGGAUGCUGACUGUUGCGUCAAACGGGGCGGUCAACCCAACCCGCCUGCUCCUCCUAAAGACACCCAGUGUCCUACCAAUGGUUGGAACUGGCAUUCUGGGAAGCAAUGCUGCGUACCUCACAAUCCUCGUGAUGAGCAACCAGCACCUCAGUGCGCUCAGGGUUGGAACUGGGAUGGCCAACACCUGAAGUGUACGCCGCCUACUUCUCCACCCAAGUCCACUCCUCCCUCUAUUCCUCCGCCCUCCACUCCUCCCCCUUCGACUCCUACACCUUCCAAGCCAGGCAACUGCGACAGUGGUUCUUUCUACUUUCCCAAGAAGGACUGCUGUCUGCCUCAAGGCGGCCAGCCAAACCCACCUGCUCCUCCCAAGGGCACUCAAUGCCCUCCUUCCGGAUGGAGCUGGCAUUCUGGUAAAGGAUGUUGCGUUCCCCACAGUCCUCCUGGCCAGCAACCUCCUCCUCAGUGCCCCAAAAGUUGGGACUGGAACGACAACGAUUUGAAGUGCUAUCCUACGCCUCCUUCGACCCCUACCCCUCCCCCUAGCAAGCCCUCUAGCAUCCCUGGCAAACCCGGAUAUGGCGGUCAUUAUAAGCGUCACUCAAAGUCGCGCGCGGUUAGUCUUUGCCCCAGUGGAUCAGAAGCUUGCCCCACCAAGGGCCUCACCGGUCUCAGUGGAGACUACGAAUGCCUUGACACUGCUGUCGAGUUGACAUCGUGCGGUGGAUGUGCUUCCACGGGUGCUGGACAGGAUUGUACUGCGAUCAAGGGAGCCUGGAAUGUUGGUUGCGACCAAGGAUCGUGCCGAGUCUACACCUGUGCGCAAGGAUACAGGCGCUCUCUGGACGGCAAGUCCUGCACAAAACUCUAAAACGACAUUCUUGAGUCCAUCAGUAUGAGGGAGAAACAUACAUAUGGACACCUAAUCGUCACAUUGCGAAUAUCUCUCUUUCCUAAGUCACAUUCUUUUUAUAUACACAUUCCUUGGACAUUUACGGACUUUUGGCGUCGGAUUAUUGAACCGCUGUGGACACUAUUGUUAUGAACUUCAAGGCCAUUCUUGGCGAUGCAUGAUUAGCUUUCGCACUCGACGCCUGUAUUCAUGCUUGCUAUCGCUCCUCGUCAUAUCGAAUAGCCUAUUUCUACUGUUGAUAUUCCUUGGGCUCCAUUCUUGUGCUACGACCUUAGUGUUGAUCGUGUACUCGUAUGUAGUCUGUCGUGCUAGUGGAUUGAUAUCAGGGCUCCACUGAUGGUUUCGCUCAUAGUUUUCCGUGUCCUGAGGCGUGAUAUCCGUUGUGAGAUAUUCAGUCACUUUGCCAAAGUGAGGCUUUGAAGCAAAACGCUAUGCCGAGUCGGAUUCCCGACACGGUCACAUGUGGGCCGACGCGUCGUAGACGCCGCUGAGUGGCGGGGACCAAUGGGAAGGCGCCGAAGCAAAUAGAGUUCAGGUUCUGUC